AGCAUGUUGGAGAAUAGGCUAAAGCCAAAGUUUUUGGUCGGCUAGUUUGACCCGACGCCAGGACAGGAUUCAGCAUUUGACAGCUGACUUUCAGUAAUGGCCGAUUCCACGUCCAGUGAGUCGGCCAUUACGGCUCAGACUGGACCUCUCCAACCCACCAUUACGGCUCAAACUGGACCUCUCCAACCCACCAUUACGGCUCAGACUGGACCUCUCCAACCCACCAUUACGGCUCAUACGGGUGGAGUUGCAGUCUUACCUCAACUACAUUCUUGCCACAUUGAAGGAUCGGUCAACAUCAACGUCAGCACAUGCUCGGCUCCUGUGCUAAAAUCAGAUGCAGAAGUCAUAGAUAUCCGCAUUAAAAGAGUGUUUGAAAAACUGAGAUCAAGUCAGAGAAUGACAUUUGGGAGCAUUUUAGAAGGCAUUUCAAAGAAAGGAACCCCAACGUUGCUCAAUGACAUUUACACAAAGCUGUACAUCCUUGAGGGCGAGAAAGAGGGAAUAAACCAUGAACAUGAGGUUUGGAACUUUGACAGCAUUUCCAAAUCACAAUCCUCUCAAGACACUCCAAUUGACCUCAAUGACAUUUUCAAACCUUUACCCAAUAAAAAUGAUCAAGAAGAUUUUCGAAUUGUGCUAACUAAAGGAAUUGCUGGUAUUGGGAAAACAGUUUCUGUGCAUAAAUUCAUCCUUGACUGGGCAGAAGAGAAAUCCAACCAGGAUGUGGACCUUAUGAUUGUGCUUCCCUUUCGAGAUCUGAACACGUUGAUCGAAGAUGAUGAAAGGUACAGUCUUCAAGAGCUGCUGGAGGAGUUUCAUCCUGGACUUAGAGAUGUCAAAGACCCAAAGGACUAUGAGAACUGUAAGAUUGUGUUCAUCUUUGAUGGUCUGGAUGAAAGCCGACUUCCUCUUGAUUUCCACAACAACAGGAGGACGUCUAAUGUAACAAAGAAGUGUUCAGUGGAUGAGCUGAUUACAAAUCUCAUACAAUCUGAUCGUCUUUUGCCAUCUGCACGUAUUUGGAUAACUUCUCGACCGGCAGCACUCCACAAAGUCAGCGACUGGACACAAGUGACACAUCGUUUGACUGAAAUUCAAGGAUUCAGUGACCCACAGAAGGAGGAGUAUUUCAGGAAGAAGAUCCGUGAUGAUAAUUUGGCUGACAGGGUUAUCUCCCAUAUCAAAACAUCUAGAAGCCUACACAUCAUGUGUCACAUCCCAGUCUUCUGUUGGAUAUCAGCGACAGUGCUUUCUUCUCCGGAGGUCUUGGACACUGCUUGCGAAAACAUCCCUACCUCCCUCACUACCGUGUACACCCGAUUUCUUCUUUAUCAGAUGCAGAAGAAGAAUGAGAAGUACUACGGCAAACACAAUACGGUGCCACUGACAGAGACAGACAUGAUGGUAAUCCUCAAAUUGGGUGAGCUGGCCUUUGCAAACUUGGAGAAACAAAACCUGGUGUUUUCUGAGAGGGACCUGAGCAAGUAUGACAUUGACGUCACUGAUGUCUCCGUACAUUCAGGAGUGUUUACAGAAGUGGUCAAAGAGGAAGAUCCCAUCUUCAAAGAGAAGUGGUACAGCUUUGUCCAUCUCACCAUACAAGAGUAUCUUGCUGCAUUCUACACAUUCUACCAGUUUUUCUCUGAAAGGACUCUCUACGCAUAUGACUAUGAAGGGGAAGGAAGACAGAGUGAUAAUACAGAGAAAACGGAAACUCUACAUGAUUUACACAAGGCUGCAAUUGGCCAGGCGCUUGAGAGCAGUAACGGACAUCUGGAUCUCUUUCUCCGAUUCCUUCUUGGGCUCUCGGUGGAUGAGAGUCUGGGGAGAUGUUUGAAUUUACAAAUAACCAGAGAUCAAGAGAGCAUCAUGAGAACCAGCCAGCUCAUUAAAAGCAAGUUCAGAAAGGACAACGAGAGAAAGUUUCUAUCCCCCGAACGUUGCAUCAAUCUCUUUCACUGCCUCACCGAACUCAAAGACAACUCAAUGGUGAAAGAAAUUCAGAGCUUCAUGAGGAAUCUUUCUGAUCAGACGAUAAGUGCAGCCCAGUGCACUGCUCUGGCCUAUAUGAUUACCGCGUCAGAUGAGGUGAUGGAGGAGUUUGACCUGAGGAAGUACAAGACAUCAAGAGAGGGUCGGAUAAGACUGAUUCCGGUUCUGGGACGCUGCGUCAGAGCUAAACUUUGUGCAUGCGAAUUGGAUCAAGAUACCUGUGACAUAUUGGUGAGGUCCAUGGAGAUGCCAUUAUCCCAACUUAAGAUACUUGACUUGAGUUACAACCCCUUGACAGAUGCUGGAGUAGAGAAAGUUCUUCAGCCACUUUUAAGCAAAAAGUGUGACCUGGAAACGCUGAGGUUGUGUGCCUGUCACAUCACCAAGAUGUCCUGUGCGACACUGGCCGAGGUCCUUCAGCAGUCGAGUCUCAGGGAACUGGACCUGAGUGGCAAUCUGUUAGGAGAUGAAGGAGUCAAGCUGCUCUGCACCGGACUAAUGAGUCCCCACUGUCGGUUAAACACACUGGGAUUGAACGACUGCAACCUCUAUAAAGGAUCAUGUGAGGCUUUGGCUCCGGUCUUGUGGUCUUUUUCGGAGCUGAAAGACUUAGACCUGUCCGACAACGACUUGCCAAACGCAGGACUGAGACGACUAUCGGUUGGAUUAAGGAAUCCCAACUGCUCCCUUCGUGUCCUCAGGCUGUCUGGUUGCCAGAUCACAGAGAGAGGCUGUGCUUUGCUUGCCUCCGCUCUCAUCAGAAAUCCCCAUCAUCUUGAAGAGCUGGAUCUCAGCUACAAUCACCCCGGAGAGUCAGGAAUACAGCUGCUGUCUGCCAGACUGGAAGAUCCACACUGCCAUCUACAGAAGCUGAACAUUGAGCAUGUUGGGGAAAGGCACCUAAAAUGGGGUUUCGAGAAAUAUGCAGUAGACCUGAAAUUUGAUUUGAGCGAUGGAGUAGACUUAUCUCGAGACAGAAAGAAAGCCACAAGAAGAAACAUGGAGGUGUUCUCCAGCCCAUUGGACUCAGACGAUGACGAUAUGUCUAUUUUGCCAAAGUCCAACCUGCAAAACUCCCAGGUGGAAGUGCAGUGUUUCCCAAGUCUGUCGGGGGAACGCUUCUACUGGGAAGUGGAUUGGACUGGUAUGGUUUUCAUUGGUAUGAGACAAAGGUUUGGUAUCAGCUCAUUUGAGAACUAUUAUCUGGCAUGCAGCAGGGAUCAGUUCAUUGCUUUCCACAACAACCGGGUCAGUACAAAGUCGGUGUCACAUUUAAAGAAGCCAAAUCCAGACCCUCAGCGGAUCGGUGUGUAUCUGGACUGGCCAGCGGGUAUUUUGUCUUUCUACAGCGUCUCUUCGGGUGAGAGGACUUUCUUGCACACGUUUCACACCACAUUUAGCGUACCCGUCGUACCUUUUUUUUCCUUUGCAAAGCCACAUCCUUAUGAUGGCAUUGGUUCAGUCACUCUUCGUACAUUUUGAAUCUGUGAAUGAGGCAAUUGCACUGUGAACACAGCAGAAAAUAUGUAUACAGAUGUGUAAUUUCCACAGAAUAAGCCUUAUUAUGUACAGUACUUCCAGGGUGAGUCCCUCAUCACUGACAUUAAAAUGUGUGCUUUUUUAAUCAAAAAGUAGCUGCAGUAGUAGUAUUAUAGCAGUAGUAUAGGCAUAAGUAUAAGUAUACGUAUAUACUUUUUUGAUACGGUGAGGGAAAUUCGUUCUCUGCAUUUAACCCAAUUUUAAUUAGUGAACACACACAGCACACAGUGAACACACAGUGAGGUGAAUCGCACACUAACCCAGAGCAGUGAGCUGCCUGCUUGGGGAGCACUUCAGCCGUGGACCGGUCGGGGAUCGAACCCUCCAGUCACAAGCUCGAAGCCCUAACCAGUGGGCCACGGUGGUAGCAGCAGUAGUAGCAGUAGUAGCAGUAGUAGUAGCAGCAGUAGUAGCAGUAGUAGUAGUACAGUAGUAGCAGUAGUAGUAGUUGUAGCAGCAGCAGCAGCAGCAGUAGUAGCAGUAGUAGUAGUAGCAGUAGUAGCAGUAGUAGUAGUUGUAGCAGCAGCAGCAGCAGCAGCAGUAGUAGUAGUACAGUAGUAGUAGUAGUAGUAGUAGUAGUAGUAGUAGUAGCAGCCUGAAUUCAUCAUGCCCCACAAAGUGAGGAAGUCAAAUGCCGUAAUUGCUGUUUUCUGUUUGAGCUGUCAAUAUCUUGUAUAUCAGACGAAAUGGCAGAACUUAACCAUCUCACUUCUCCAGUGGCAGCAGUUUUGUUGUGAACCAAAUCAACUCAAGUGCGCUCAGGUGAGGUAGAGAGGUGAGGUAGAUUGUUCCAAGUCUGAACAUGUUUUAUUAAUUCUAUUUUAUUGACUCUUUCGAUGAAACAUUUCAUUCAUUUUCUAUGGAUCAUACCUAUGAUGUGGUGAUGUUAUGAAUAAAAUGUGUUUUGAUUUUAA